UGCAUAUAUAUAGGUAUAAGAGAGAAGGAAAAUUCGAGAGAUUUUGCAGACUGUAGAGAGAGAAAGAAGAGAGAAGAAGGGAAAUGGCUGCAUUUGAUGCGUUCAGUAUGGACGGUGAGGCACCGGCACCGGCGGCAUCAACUCCGUUCGACGACGGAGACUAUGAUGGCUCUUACACCGCUUUCUCCAACGCCGAUACGCCGCCGUUCCACGGCUCUGGAGGAUUCGGUGGAGACUAUGAGGAAGUGACGGUGGAACACGUAUCUCAUACCGUCGACAGUCCCGAUCCCUACGGAUACGGGUCAGAUUCGUUUCCUAACCAAACCGAUUCAUUUGGAGCUUCUGGAGCUCCGAUCUCGAAUGGGAAUGGUAAGCCCUACGAUCUAGGUGAAGAUACUGAGGGAAUUUUCAGUUCCGAUGGACCCGUUCUUCCCCCUCCGAAUGAAAUGCGUGAGGAAGGUUUUGCACUCCGCGAAUGGCGAAGGCAAAAUGCUAUCCGUCUUGAGGAGAAGGAGAAGAGAGAAAAGGAAAUCAGAAUCCAAAUUAUUGAGGAAGGUGAAGAAUAUAAGAAAGCAUUCUAUGAGAAAAGAAAUCUCGGUAUUGAGACCAACAAGACAACUAACCGCGAGAAAGAGAAGCUGUACUUGACUAGUCAAGAGAAGUUCCAUAAAGAAGCUGACAAGCAAUAUUGGAAAGCCAUAGCAGAGCUCAUUCCCAAGGAGGUGCCCAGCAUUGAGAAGAAGGGAAGGAAGAAGGAUCAAGAUAAGAAGCCAUCCAUCACAGUCGUCCAAGGGCCUAAACCUGGGAAACCUACCGAUCUUUCAAGGAUGCGCCACAUACUGCUGAAGCUUAAGCACACCCCACCACCUCACAUGAUACCACCCCCUCCUGCUCCUGCCAAGGACGCCAAAGUUGGAAAGGAUGGAAAAGACACCAAGGAUGCCAAAGCUGGAAAGGAUGGAAAAGACACCAAGAAUGCUAAAGAUACUGCUGCACCAAAUGGAACUUCAGAUGCACCUCCCAGUGAUGCCAAAGUUACUAUUCAGACAUCCGAAGAACCUGCUGCUGCAGAAUGAUCGGCUUUUGGCCUAAUUUCUUUAGUCUUUGAUGUUGUAAUGUGUUAUCCUCUUACAUAAUAACUCUUUUUUCUCUAUGAGUUUUGUUUCAUUUACUAUAUUUUGUGUCAUUCUACUACCUACUAUUCUAUUGGUUCGUGACAGACGAUAGCUGCAUUUUGUUGCAUUGGAUGUCUGAGUUUGUUUAUUGUACUAUUUAGGUCCUUUCUUUACUGGAGGUGAAUUCAUUAUUUUCUUGUUUACAGAAACCUUAUAUUUCUUGAAAGUUGAUUUGGUGGUGAAACA